GGAUUUUAAUCAAUGAACCAAACCUCCUCCUCCUCUUCUUCAACUUUGCUUCCUUCACCCUUUCUUUUUCUUCACUAGUAGGGGAAUUUGGAAUUGGAGGUACCCGGAUCUCAUUCAUAUGAGGAGACAUUCAACACUCGUGGAAGUGCUUCUGGUACUUGCAUUGUUCAAUUGUUGUUCAUGGACAGUGUGGAGCAGCACACUUUGCAAGCAGACAAACUUUGAGGAAGUUCGACCUCACAGUGUCAGCAUCACCGAAUUUGGUGCAGUUGGCGAUGGGAUCACUCUCAACACAAAAGCAUUUCAGAAUGCCAUCUUCUACCUCAAUUCCUUUGCAGACAAAGGCGGAGCAAAGCUUUUUGUCCCGGCUGGCCGGUGGUUAACUGGUAGUUUUGAUCUCAUCAGUCAUCUAACUUUGUGGCUGGACAAAGAUGCAGUAAUUCUUGGAUCAACGAACUCUGAGGAUUGGCCAGUUGUUGAUCCUCUACCAUCUUAUGGGAGAGGAAGAGAGUUGCCAGGUGGAAGGCAUAGGAGCCUUAUUUAUGGGCACAAUUUGACUGAUGUUAUCAUAACUGGUAAUAAUGGGACCAUCGAUGGUCAAGGGAGUAUCUGGUGGAGCAGGUUUUGGAACAAAACUCUGGAUUAUACACGUCCUCAUUUGGUGGAAUUGAUGAAUUCAACCGGGGUUCUCAUUUCAAAUUUAACCUUCUUGAAUUCUCCAUUUUGGACUAUUCAUCCUGUGUACUGCAGCCAAGUAACAGUUCAGAAUGUCCGGAUCCUUGCUCCUCUUAAUUCACCAAACACAGAUGGGAUUGAUCCAGACUCUUCUGAUAAUGUAUGCAUUGAAGACUGUUAUAUAAGCACUGGUGAUGAUCUGAUUGCCAUCAAAAGUGGGUGGGAUGAGUAUGGCAUCGCAUAUGGACGGCCCAGCACAAACAUUAUCAUCCACAGGCUUGUUGGGAGAACUGAAACGAGUGCAGGGAUUGCUAUUGGAAGCGAAAUGUCCGGUGGUGUAUCCGAAGUUUAUGCAGAAGAUAUUCAAUUCUAUGAAUCAUAUAAUGCAAUCAGAAUAAAGACUUCUCCUGGCAGGGGUGGUUAUGUUAGAAACAUCUAUGUCUCUAACAUGACCUUGACUAAUGUUGAUAUUGCUAUUAGGUUCACUGGUUUAUAUGGAGAUCAUCCUGAUGAUGGUUAUGACCCAAAUGCUCUACCUGUAAUAGAAAAGAUUACAAUCAAGGAUGUGAUAGGAGAAAAGAUAAAAAAAGCUGGUCUUAUGGAGGGUAUAGAAGGUGACAAUUUUGUCAACAUUUGCCUAUCAAACAUCACCCUUAAUGUGAGCUCACACUAUCCAUGGAACUGCUCAAACGUUGAAGGAUACUCUGACUUGGUUUUGCCAGAAGCUUGUGAACCUCUCAAGGAUAGAAUAUUCCCUGAGCAUUGUUCAGACUGUUACUAUUUGUCAAAUCCCCUACCAAAUUCGAAUGAUCAACAUAGAGGUGCUUGGUUUAUGUCUUGGUAAAUUGUGGAGUUUAUAGCAUUAUGCUACCAAAGCUCACUUCAUAGCUGAAAUUUGAUUGGUUCAUUUUUUCAGCAGGACAAAUUUCAGGUGACAUAAGAAGUUGAGUGGAGUUGCUGACCUGUGAUUGUCCAUCUGCAGAAAGAUACCGAGAGAUGAUUGCUUUUUGUAACUUGUGUGCAGUAACAAAUAAUUGAGUGAUUUAUCAGAAAUAGGAAGUUGGAUGAUUUCAUGUCUUGCUUUUUCUAGCUACAUACGGCUUUGGAAAAGAAAAUUGCAAAAUUUUGUGUUUCUAUUGAUUCUAA